AUGGAAGUUAUAAAACUGGUCGGUAAAUAUUUAAAUGUACCCGUAGGUCCUUUGUGUUAUAACACUGACAAGAUACCGACUACGGUAUUAGACAAGCAGAGUGUGGAAGGUUUUGCGACAAUUAUAUUACAUUUGACAUCUAAAAGUGGAUACAGUAUGAGUCAAGAAGAGUUACUUAUAAGCUAUCAGUGGCUGGAACACAUUGCUAUGUAUAGUAAUCAAGCUUCUUCUAAUCCUACUUUUGCUAAGAAUUUUCUCCAGGGUAUUAACAGAGCUCUAGAAAAGAAAUCCUAUUUGACUGGAAAUAAUCUAACAACAACUGACAUAGCUGUAUUUUAUGUUGUACAGCCUCUUGUGGGAAACUUAACCAUAUUGGAGCAGGAAUCAUUGCUACACCUAAGUAGAUGGUGUAAACAUGUACAAGCGCAACCAAAAGUGUGUUCUCAUUGUGCCCCAAUCCCAUUAAAUACUUUGAAUCUACAUAUUCUCGCACCUGCAGUACAUUAA